AUGUCAGCUUUAACACGUACUAAUAUUCUUUCGCUUUAUCGAUCUUUUCUUCGUGUAAUUGAACGUUGGCCAACGGACUAUUUACGUCCAAACCGAAAUUUAAAACAUAUUCUUCACUUACGUGUUACUGAAGGCUUUAAACAAAAUAUUGCAGUUAAGGACGCGAAUGUACUUAGAGCUUUAGUCUUAGAUGCAGAAGUUGAACUUGAUGCAUUAAGAAGGCUGGCAGAAAAUGAAUUUAAAGAGAAGUACCCACUUUCGGAUAGGAUUUAUAGACCAGCAGCUAAUCCAAAAUAUUAUUCAGGACUUGUAGCUGCGAUAGAUAAAACAGCUAAACUUAAACAAGAAGCAGACUUGAAACCUUCAUUAUGGAAAAGAUUAGGGUUUUGGACAAGAAAGUUUUUUUGGAAUUGA